CGCAGAGUGUCAAACAAGAGCGGACGAAAAUAUUGAUACCCCAGUGGAGUUGAGGCGCGAUUUUUAUUUAUCUCAUCGAAGCAACCACACCAAAUUGCUGACCGAAGGAGUGUCCGCCGAUUUCCGUUCGAACGUUUUUUCCGGAAAAGUGGAAGUGGUCUCGCGAGUGCCAGUGAUCUGUGCCAGAACCGGAACCGAGGGGACAGAAAUGGACAGUUAUGUUACGUUGGCCAACGUUAACAACCUGAUCAACACAAACCACAAAAGUGACUCAAAAUCGUUAAAUGUCGAUCCGAAACCUCCACCGAACGUAGAUUCCGAUGAUCCGGAAGAUAAUCUAUCCCCAGCCCAACCACCUGUUUCAUCAUGCCCGAUCGAAACGGUGCCUACUGCAACCUCCACCGCUGCUCCAAAAUCACAUUGCAACUCAGCGGCGAAAGCCCCCCUCCCGCACAAACUGAUCGAUCCCAGUCUGCAGCAGAUUCCGACGGAGGAACUGCUCGGAUCGGUCACCACCUUUUACCCGAGCGGUGACGCCGAGUGCGGUCAUGCCCUGCGGACCAGCGCCCGGGUCAUCCACAAGAUGCGAAUGGAUUCCAUUCGGGGCAGUACGCCACCUCCCGGGGACAAGAAAGAGGGCGGCACCGGUGCAGCGGGAGGCAAAGGUGGGGCGGGGACCGGUGCCGGAUGUCAGUCUAAAACGCCCAACCAACAGAAACCGGUCCGGGUGGUUUGGGGCAAUCAGGACAAAAACCUGUUCUUCGAAGCACUGAACGAGUGCGGAAAGGAUUUCGAAGGGAUUGUGAACUACUUGAACACGAAGAAGCGCCGGAAGGAGGGGAAUAACGAUAUGGUGUUCAAGGUGAAGGAUGUUAGGCAUCUGUACUAUCAGUUCAACCAGAAGGUGAGCAAGUAUUUGCACUUUUCUGAUGAGGUGAAGAAGGAAGCACAGGAAUUGUACGGGUUGAUCAACUACGGUGAAAUGCGGAAGAAGGUUCCGUUUCAGAACAAGAAGUACUUCCACAAACUGAAGGAUCUGGUUUACAAGGGAGCGGUUAUGAUUCGGGAGAAGGGUCGGAAUAUUAGGAUUAAGACUCCGUCUUGCCGAGCGCUGAGGAAGCUCAAUCAACUGGAAGAGUGGCAGGAGGAAAUCCGGUUGCCUCCACGUGUGGACGUGUUCAUGAAACCGGCCACGGUUGCAGCGUGGGGUCGAGUCCAAACGUUGGCGCAGAAUCCCCGGGUGAGGAUCUCGGUAACGCUGCAGAAGAGGGUGUCGACGUUGCUGCAACUACUGCAAGCAAAAUGGCGACAUCAGGAUGUUCGGUUGAUGGAGAGAGUAUCGAGCUUGAAGACCACCAAUAUGGUGGCUUCUUCGAAGACAGCUCGCCAGAAAGCGGGUCAUGAACUGGAACUGUGCACUAGGAUGGCCGUCGAGACGGCGGACGACGAAGGACUGAAGAUCAUGCGAUUGACGCCGUCGAAAGACGCGGUCAUUCACAGGCCGAUGGUAAAUCUCACGGAGUUUCUGAGCAGUUACAGUAUUUGUUUGAACUCCUACGAACAAAGGAUCGGAGCCAAGGUUCGAGGGGAGGCGUUGUGCGCGGAGAAGUUGAAUAGCGUCAAGGAGAAGAUGGGAGCAAACUCGAAACGGCAACGACAUGACAGCAAUUCGGAGAAGCACAGUCCCGAUGGGAAGAAGGUUAAAACCGAGACCAAGGAGAUUAAGGAGGAGAAGCUGGUUGAUGGCGGUGUGGUCACAAGUUUGUCGGAUGUGUUGAAGUCCCCAAACGCUUCCUGCGAGAUGAUGGAGACAUCGAAGGAAAUCGAUGGAAGCGAUUGCGAAGGUAAUCCAACGGGUGUUGUUGGCGACACACCUGAUUUAAAAAGUCCGGAAUCAGACGAUUUAAUGAAAUUGUCGGGGGUCAGUAGGAUAAAGCAGGAGCCUGAUUCGACGCAUGGUGACAACUCGAAUGACGGAAUCCUAUCGGAAAACGAGCAGCCAAAGCAAAUAAAAAUGGAGGAAGCACCAGCAGGAAACGAGCCAACGGCCAAUCACGAAGAUCUCAUCAAAACGACAGUGAAACGGAAAGAACCACGGGAGAAAUGUAGCAAGCGAAAGGACUCGAAAGCGGGUGCGGGAGGGAUAAACAAUUCGCAUUUUCGUCCGAUGAUCUCCGAGGAGACGAUUCAGAAGAUCCGCGAAGGUUGGACCGUUCAGAGCGUGGGGGAUAUUACGGUGGGGGACUUGUACAUAAUGUUCGGCGAGGAGAAUAAGCUUCAUUUGGAGUAUCUGUGGGAGAUGCCCAAGGAGCCCAAGGUUGAAGUGGCGGCGGCAGUUGCGGCGGAAACUAGCGAUACGGUGGACGGGUUACAGCCGGAUCGAGUGGACCAAGCACAGCAAUAUCCCGAGGGAAGUUUUACGCCCGUUCUGAGCAAUAAUUUCACGAUGAGCCUCAGUGGGCGUUUGAAGCAGCUGCUACAGAUUGCCCAGCUGAAUGAAAAAACGGGUAAACGGCGAUGUCCGUGUGGCCACGUUUGCGAUCGACGAAAUAAGAUUGCGGAUACGCUGAACAGUGCGGCAAUUUUGAACGAUCAACUGCUGUUCAAACAACCGAUGGUGCCAACCCGGACGAAUUCUGGAGCCACGCUGGCCAACUGUAACGUUCUCCCAUCGCCGCACAUGCGCUACAAACAAUCCCGCUGGUGGCGAAUGCGCGUCAAUCGCCACCAGCAGCCCUCGCAAAGACUGAUGUUCUCGAAUGGAACCCCGCCCUACCCGCAGAAUCGUCUCAACCAGAACAACAACAUCUACGCCAAUGCUUCCAAAACGACCAACGGAAGCCACCCGCCAGCCACAGUUCCUACGUCACCCCAGCAGAUUCGCCUGUCGUCCAGUUCAACCAGCACGUCUUCCUCCUCCUCCUCGUCAUCGACCACCGCCAGUGGCAGUGCCUCCAAAAGUGCCACCCUCAAAUCCAACGAUGACGAUCAACUGACCCAACUGUUGGAGGACAAAAUUACCAGCAUCAGCGGUAGUGGUCCCGGUUCGUCAAAGACCAUGACCUCGGAUUCGGCCACCCUAAUCGACGAUGGCAGCUGCCUGAGUCUGUUCGACAUAUCGCUGCCUUCGACGUCAUCGACGAUGAUGGCCGAUCUGAUGAGUGGGGCCUCGUCAUCGGGACCUCCCGGUGAGAACAGUAACUGCACGACGCUUUCGGCAAGCCGUAUUCUGAGGGAAUCGCCCGUCGAUGGGAAGCUGAUCGACACCGACAUCAAUGACAUCUCGCUGAGCAGCUUCCUGGGCCAUCUGGACGCGGUGUACCAAAGCGAAACUCCGACCGCCAGGAAGAGAGCAUCCGAUCAAAUGAACAUCAGUAUUAUCAGCGAAUCGAGCGUGGACUACAUCGCCCGGUUCGAGGACAUAGCUGCCGAACUGCGGGCCCAACAGGAGCAAGACUCCGCGUAGGGCGUCCGUCUACAGGGAUUUUCGGGAUCCAACCCAGUACCAUACACCAACACAUACAUACAUACAUAUUUACUCUUAUACACGGUAGAGACGCCAAUCUGUAGGCGGAUACGCAUAUACGUAGCAGCAGUAAUUAUUAGCUUCCAGUUUUCUUUUCCGUUAGGUACGACGAAUGACCUUUUUGGCUACCACUUUCAUUACUGUUCACGUUGUUAACUUAUUAUCUAUUUGUCACGCUCGCACAAUUUGUCUCGGAUGGAAGUGAUUAUUAGUAGUACUGCAGAAAACGCAAGCUUUAUGACGAUUCUUGUUCUCUUUAGGAUAGAGACGUCUCAUUACGAUUACUUUAGGUUUUAUUCUUUCAGCGGUAAAAGCCACGCACGAUAUUAGAGGAGAAUGAUUAUUUAAAGUUGAUACUUUUUUGUCUUGAAAAAAAUAUAUAAUAAUCUCGUUUCAUUAUAGCAGAAUGCAAA